AGCCAGAUGGCUGCCAAUCACAUGGAAGGCACAUUGCUGAGAAACUUCCUCCAAAGCUGUAAAGAUUUGGUCUUCCAGAAUUUACAAUCAGAUGGUUGCGGUUAACUUGACGGCGGAUUGCUGUGGACCCAAAAGGUACAAGUCCAUAGCCAUGGAAAGCUCUGGAGAAGAAAAUAUUCUCUUGAAGCAAUCCAAAAGGAAUCUGUUCUCCGCUUUUCCAAAAGACGGCCUCACCAUUAUAAAGGAGAACCCAACAGGCAGCUCUCUUGCCAAAGCUUGGCAAUGUCGCCCAGAAGGGUGCUUGAAGUCAGACCAGGCGAUCAAGACUCCCAGAAAUGGCGCAUGUCACUGAGUGAAGACGCGUUCGAUUCCUUCAUUGCUCGGGAUGGGGACGCAGCUCGGAAGGUCUUCGGAGAGGGUUCACUCUUCAGCCCGCUGUUGUUCGGCAAGUUCUUCGACCCUGCCGAUGCCUUCCCGCUCUGGGACUUUGAUUCAGAUAAUCUGCUCUCAGGUCUCAGGAGUGCCUCCAAAACUAGUGUUGAUUGGCAUGAAAGAGAUUCAGAGUUUGUUUUGAGAGCUGAAUUACCAGGCGCAAGGAAUUGUGAUGUAGAGAUAUGUGGUGAAAAGGGCAAGGUGAUUGAGAUCAGUGGCAAGUGGAGAGGCCGAGAAUCAGAUUCGAGGGACUGGAGGACUGGCCGCUGGUGGGAGCAUGGAUAUGUCAGGCGCCUUGAGCUGCCAGAAAAUGCAAAUUGGAGAAAAAUCGAGGCAUACAUUGACAUCGAUAACUUCAUCGAAAUAAAAAUCCCAAAGAAUAUCUCAGAUAGCAACAUUCACCAGAAAAAAGAUGCGGAGCCCAAGGAAUCAGAACAUGUAUGAAUGGCAGCAAUGAUUGACAUUUAUAGCAUAUUUUAUUCUAAACAUAUAGUAUAGACUGAAAAAAGAUAACAUAUAGAACUAUCUAAGAUUGAUGUCCACCUUUUUCGAUGGAUAUACAACUUACAGUGCUUGGAAAUAGAACAUCACAAGCUUUUCAAGGAAGUCUAUUCGGUUUUAAGCAACAAAGCACUCCUGUCAAAUUUAAAA